UGUGCACCGUAAUUUCCAGACACGGUGGAUCGGAACUGCAGUUCCGCGUCUUGUUUCCCCGCGGUCCUUUUACCGCGUUACACAGACAGGGGCACGGGUUGGGGCUGAACUAUUCCACUUACUGCGUUCUUUUUAAAUGGAGAUAUUUGGCAGUACAUUUGACGACUCUGUGUUUGAAGAAUGCAGAAAUAGGGUCCCCAUUGCUCUUUCUUCCUACAACGCAAAAAGUUGUGAACCUAAGUGGUUCUGUGAAAAUGUACCGACAGAUGAUGAAUUGGAGGAGCAGAAAGUUUUCAAAUUCCGUGCAGAUCUGGCGUAUAGUCAAAAUGAUUAUAAGAAAGCUCUCGCGGACUACUCCACGUGCCUGUCCCUUAUACCUAAGGGAAACGUCGCCAUCAGACGGGAUGUGCUGGAAGGCCAGGCCAGGUGCCACUGCCAUCUUGGCAGACGCGAGGAGCCCCUGGAGAUUGCUGACCUGCUGAAGAAGGAAGCGACAAACACCGGCCACCUUACGUGCGCUUUAAACCUUCAGCUAACGGUCCAGCAGCUCUUCGGAGAUGUCGGUGAAGAGAUCUCAGUCCUUCGGCAGCUCGUCUCCCUACACCCUUAUAACCCCUGGUACUGGCAGAGGCUGGCGAGGUGCUACUGGGCCCUCAGUCCGUCCCCCAGGGGUAAUGGGUCCCGAGCUGAUGGACACCACGGGGCAGAGAUGCCCAUAGGGGGGCAGUCGACCGGACAAGGGGCGGACGUCCAGUUAAAGGCUUGCAUGUGUUUCGUCCGAACCAGACUUCUGAUCCAUUUGUUGAGGAUCCAACAAUCCUCGUUUGUGCUCCAGUGCAAUGAAAGGGCCCUGGAGGAGGUGGAGGAGGCGCUGCGAUGCUUGGGGCCCGAUGCCAAGACCCUCCAGCUGAUAUCAGAGGUGAUGGCCGAAGACCUUGUGCCGGAGAAGAUGAAGGAGGACAACCAGGAUGGCGAGAGCCUGGAUGCUCUGUGUAACGUGGACUUUGACGAGCGGUGGUAUGACAAGCUUAAAAGGCGACUCAGCUGAACAGAGCUGUAUGGAUGCGUGGUAUCAGGACACGGGGAGGCACUGUUCUCCUCGCCCAGCAGCCAGACUGUGGUUCCAGGUGUCUCGCAGUCAAUGGAGCAUGGAUGGACUGAUAUUUCUGAGGAAUGCAUGACUUUUACCUAGUGAUGGCCAGAUGAAGCUUUGUGAACCAUUUGCUGUAUGUUUUCAUCCCACUAGAUGGUGCUCUUGCUUUGCAUUGGGGCAUGAAUUGAUUCCUUUUUUUGAAUAGAGCACCAUCUAGUGGGGCCACAAAAUACAGCAAAUGAUUCAUGAAGCUUCAAUGGGUCAUCACUACUUUUAUCUUAAGCUUUUGAAUCCAGUUAUUGAUGAAAUCUGUAUUUUUGUAUUAAAUGUACUGUAUACUGGAACAUUCCACACAAGCGGGGCUGUAACGACACGGACUCAGCCUGAAGGCGAGGAAGGGCUUGCUGUUCUGCUCUAGUCCUUAACAUGCUCCAGGUCUCUGAAUGGAUUAUAGUUUUAAGUGAUUUUUAAUGUAAAUUUACCAUGCACUCAAAUUGCUUAGUAGCAUGUAUUACAUGAACAAUGCAUUUUAAAAUACAAAGAGGACUUCCAGUUUGCUUAAAAGAACAUUUUUAAUGUUAGUAGAAAAGAGAGGGGAUGUCAAACACUGGAGAUCCCUUCCAUCUGCUUUCUGCUCAGCAAUGUGCAAAAAUAUUUAGUAUUAAAGUAACAUCACCACUUC